AUGACCCGUCCCGACGUAAAAGCUGACGCUCAGCGUGUCUUCGAAGUGUUGAAGGCAGGAGGCAUCGCAAUCUGUCCAGCAGACGUUGGAUAUGCUGUGAUGGCCACCAGCGCUAAAGCGCUCGAGAAGAUCUUCCUCACCAAGCAACGAGGAGCACACAAGCGCCAUGCUGGAAUCGGGUCAUACGCCAUCCACAAAGAAGUACACAUCGUUUCUCCCAUGCAGCAGGAGAUCAUAGACCAUCUCAGCCAGGACCUUGAUAUCCCGGUUGGUGUCAUUGCGCGGUACAACCACGACCACCCUAUGGUCAAGAACAUCGACCCCGUCACAUUGGAGGCCGUCGAUGUGAACGGCAGUCUCUCGCUUCUCGUCAAUGCGGGCGCAUUUCAGGAUGCGAUAACGAGCUUGACCUUCGCGGAGAACAUGCCGCUGUUAGGUAGUUCAGCGAACUUGUCGGGGACCGGGACGAAGUAUCGUAUAGAGGAUAUCAACAAGGAACUCCUUGACAUAGCAGACAUCGUGAUCGACUACGGGCUUCUAAAGUGGUGGGUGCACGGUCGAAGCUCGACGCUGUUAGAUUUCAGCGGUCCGUCAGUUGAGACUAUUAGGAUUGGAGCGUGUUAUGAUGUGAUCAGAGACGUUCUCAAACGGAGGUGGAACAUUGAAUUACCAGCAGAUCCGGGUAUGGACUCCUUGAGGUUUGGACACCUGAGGAAUUUAGAUCCAGUUCAGUCUUUGCAGAACUUGAUCACACCAGUGCAAAGUUCGUAA